AUGGCUUGUUAUCGUAUAUCAUACCAAAAAGUUCACGCCUGUUGGAGGACAUUGUAUUCGAGCUGGAAACCAAAUGGUUUAGUCAGUAAGAGUUUUUUCUGUAAGUUGAGUAGUUUCGGAUGUUCGACGAGGAAAUACUGUUCUUCCAUCCCGUGUAAAAGGGAUUUUCGUGGAGGGCGUCAUAGCUUGAAUUCUGGAGUUUGUGGUGUUGUGCGCCCUUUCUCUUCUACUGCUAUCAGUACAUCUGCUCAAACUGCAGAAGCAAUUGACGAAAGUACAAUAUCGAAUUCUGCUACAAGUGACUAUGAGCAGACAACCAUGACUCCGUCAAAUGGCAGAGUAAUGCUUAUAGAUGGCACUUCAAUCAUAUAUAGAGCAUAUUACAAACUUCUUGCAAAACUGCACCAUGGUCAUCUUUCACAUGCUGAUGGAAAUGGAGAUUGGGUCCUCACUAUUUUCAGUGCAUUGUCUCUGAUAAUUGAUGUAUUGGAAUUUCUCCCUUCACAUGUAGCGGUAUGCCUCCUCCUAUCAUGCCUGAAUUUCCGCCACACUCUAUAUCCCGCUUAUAAGAGCAACCGGCCUCCAACCCCGGAUACAAUCGUGCAGGGCCUUCAGUACUUGAAAGCAUCCAUUAAGGCUAUGUCCAUCAAAGUAAUUGAGGUCCCAGGUGUUGAAGCUGAUGAUGUAAUUGGGACCCUGGCCGUGAGAAGUGUCAAUGGUGGAUUCAAGGUACGAGUUGUCUCCCCAGACAAAGACUUUUUCCAAAUUCUAUCUCCUUCGUUGCGUUUAUUGCGGAUUGCUCCUCGUGGAUUUGAGAUGACCUCUUUUGGGAUGGAAGAUUUUGCUAUGAAAUAUGGAGACUUGGAGCCAUCUCAAUUUGUAGAUGUAAUCUCACUUGUUGGAGACACUUCUGACAAUAUACCAGGAGUUGACGGGAUAGGGGAUGUGCAUGCUGUUCGACUGAUUACAAAAUUUGGGACAUUGGAAAAUUUGUUGGAUUGUGUUGAGCAAGUUGAUGAGGAGCGAAUUAAAAAGACACUGAUAUCAAACUCUGAGCAGGCAAUUCUGAGCAAAAAUCUUGCUAUGCUGCGGUCUGAUCUCCCCUUCUAUAUGGUUCCAUUUACCACGGAUGACCUGGGUUUUGUCAAACCAGAGGACAAUGGUGAGAAAUUCACUAGCCUCUUGACUGCCAUCAGUGCUUAUGCUGAAGGGUUUUCAGCAGAUCGUAUAAUUAGAAGGGCCUUCUAUUUGUGGAAGAAGCUCGAAAAAAAAUGA